AUGAGCUUGGUACAUUGGACUAUACUCAUAACAGUUUUCACUCUAACUCAAACAUCAACUAUAAACUAUCUUGAAAAUUGUACAUAUUCAUUAGAUCUCUACAAACAAUAUUUAAAUGUUCUAUGGUCAUCAAAUGAUUCUCAUACAUUACAUAUUCAAGCUGUUUAUUCAUUAUCAUCGAAUAAUUCAUUUAUACCCGGCCAUAUAUAUACAUAUUUUUCUCAAACUGUUGCUUUAAUACCAUUUUUUGUUCAAUGUAAAUAUCCAAAAAAUAUUUAUUCCAAAUCUUAUUUACCAUUUACACAAUGUUCAUCAACAAUAACAAAUUUUUUAACAAAAAAAAAUUAUGAAUCAACACGAACAUAUUUAAAUUUAAAAACAAUUUUAUCAAUGACUAAUGUUCCAUUACUUUAUACAGGCGAAUAUAAUCUUUUAUUAACAAAUUGUUCAUUUCGAUUGAAUUCAAAUAUAUAUCAAUUAAAAUCUAAUGAUUUAUUUAAUUUUCGUAUUGAAUAUGAAAGUCCAAUAAAUAAUAAUAAUAUAACAUCAUGUAAUAAAUGUAAUAAACGUACAUCAAUAUGUUAUGAAAAAAAAUGUUUAUGUCGUUCAGGUACAAUAUCAUUAAAACUUCAUCAAAAUAAUGAAUAUUGUAUUGAUACAACAACAAAUUGUUCAUAUGAUUUACAACGUUGUUUAAAUUCAAAAUCAAUACAUGCAUUAAAUAAUCAUUCAAAUCAAUAUAUUCUAAUAUUAAUUCUAUUAAUAAGUUUACUUUUCCUGUUAUUUCUUUUUCUAUUAUGGUGUUUAUUACAUAAUACAUAUAAAAAUACAUUACAAAAAGAAAAAGAUCUAUAUUCAAAUCAAUCUAUAUUUACAAUUAAUAGACAUGAACGUACACCAUCAACUAUAUCAACAACUGAUUCAAUUAAAUUAAAUGAUUAUAAUUUUAUUGAUCAACAUAUUCUUGCUAAUGAAUAUGUUAGUACAUUUUAUGAAGAAUAUCCUAAAAUAAUUUCGAAUAAAAAUAAUACCGAAGUUGUUUUAAUUUUAGCUUAA